CCUCUUUAAUUACCUUGGCCUUGCAGCUCUUGAUCCAUUCACAAUCAGAUAGCCAUGGCAGCCAUUAAGGUCCACGGAAGUGUAAUGUCAACCGCUACACAGCGAGUUCUUGUUUGCCUUUACGAGAAAGAGCUUGAGUUUGAGUUUGUUCCGGUGGACAUGAAAUCUGGGGCACACAAACAGGAGCCUUUUCUUUCCCUCAAUGUAAGUGUGAAACAGAGAUCUCUCGCUUUGUUUAUCAGUGUGAUUGUCAUUUUGUUUUUUCUUUAGAGGGUUACUUUACUAGAAACGUAUUGUAGAGAAAUUUCAUAAAUUUUACGGUGAAAUGUUUUAUGGUGAAAUUUUGUUGGAUUGUUAAAUUUUUUAUGUUGGGUAAGAAAUUGAUAUAAGAAAA